AUGGCUGGCCUUUUGAGUGGCUUGGGUGAUACUUUGGGAGGUUUGGGCGGAGGUCUUUUGGGUGGGAAUAAUGACGGUGAUAAUGAUCGGGGUUCGCAGAUAGCGACAUCAGCGGAGGAUACUGGGAACGCAAACCAGAGAACUACAUCCGAAGCUAACAUUGGUGCGACUGCGCCUGCGACUGCGACUGCGACUUCGGACGGCGAAAUAAAAGCAACACCUGAGCCUGGAAGUUCGAAGGAUAAGGACGGCGAGGAUGAUGACGAUGAUGACGAACAACCACAACGUCAACAACCCACGAGCGCCGGUACUCUAAAGACCUCUGCUACGGGGUUGCCGGAAUUACCACCUCAGACUACGGCAAUUGCACUCAAUCCCGGUGCUGCUGAAAACACAGACUCCUCGGCUCCCGACGCACCGGAGACGACUGCUAGUCCUAAGCCGACUACAACACCAGCUGCCAGCCCACCACCAACAACACCUUCGCCCUCGCCCUCCCCUCCGCCUCCGCCUUCGCCUUCUGAAGCAUCAAUCCCAACAACAUUAGCACCGCCAACUACCCUCGUGACAUCCACUAAACAAUCAAACUCUAUCGCUGAGCCAUCAAGCCCUACCGUUGACCCAUCUAGCUCUAUCCUCGAAAGUGUGGCUACAAGUCUCAACAUCCCAGAAACACCCAGUAGUACACUAGACGCCCCAACACAACUUUCCUCAACUCCGGCGGCCCAAGUCACUCAAUUUCCCCAGCAAGACUCCACCGCUACGCAAAGCGCCAUAGCCGACUCUAAUGGUAAUACUCUUACCCAAGCACAGACGGUAGAUAAUGGGAAUACUGGAAUGAUUGGCAACCUCCCAGUGGCAGCCGUGGCGGGCAUUGCCGGGGGCGGAGGCGGUCUAGCGCUGAUCGUCAUGGUGAUUUUGAUCCUUCGAUGCGUAUGGCGGAAGAGACGUAACGGCAACGACGAAGCGCUAGCUCGACUAGACUCUAUGUACGAGGCGGGCAAACCAACGGCCUCGGAGUCUACCGACAAGCUCGUUCGUUGGAAUAAGGGGUUGUCGGAGUAUCACAAGCCGAGCGAUGCCAGCUACAAGGCAUAUAGAAUGUGA